AUGAACUUUAAUCUUUUUGCCCAGUUCCUAAUCAUGGACAUGAUGCUUCCAAGAUACUUGCUUUCCCCUAGUAAAGUACAAGGUAUCAAUGGCCCUGAUGUGAUCACUCGAUCGCCAAGAAACCGACCAAUAAACCCCCUAGGCUGGGUGAAGAGAGGAGACAGACCAAUGAACCCCCUUGGCUGGGUUAAACGAAGCGAUCUUACAUUGGAUAGUCUUCAGCCGGAUUUCAUGAGAAACAACUAA